GUGACGGCGGGCUCCACGCACACUUGAGUGGCCGCACAUGAAGUUUGUCCAGCCUCACACUCAGCAGCCGCCGCCGGGACCCUCAGGAGGAUUUCACACUGACCGCCCAGACUCUCUAUCUCCCGACUGACAUGUCGCGAUGUUCCGCGCAGCCUUACGAAACGUGGACUUGUUUUGGCUGAUCUUGUUUUACUGUGUUUUCCUGCCGGAGAGCGGCUGCGGAUCAGCCGAUGUGGACAGCUGUCAUGAGGUGAAGACAGCCUACAUGAUGCGCCAGAUAGGCCCGGUGGAGCUGGUGCCAGACAGGCCGGGAGCAGAUGAGUCCCUCCGAGUGUGUGUCCACCCUGGGCCCAGCUGCUGCACCGCUAAGAUGGAGGACAGCUACAUGGCGGCUGUUCGCAGCGAGACGCAGCAGAAGAUGCGAUCCUAUAGCUUUGAACUCAAGUACCUGAUCGCUGGGCACACCAAGGCCUACCAAGAGACCUUCGAGUCGCUUGUGUCCUUCACCUCCAACCUGACUGGCACUCUGUUCGACAGCGCUUACUCUGCUCUGGCGUCCGACUGUCGCCCCCUCGUGUUUCAUCUGUUCAGUAGCAUCAAACGGCACCUUUCUGGGGACUCCAAUUCCUCACUGGACCACGCUGUGCGUCGGUUCUACAAUGACCUCUUCCCGUUGGUCUACCGCCGCCUCCUCAACCCCGGGUUCGGCCGCACGUCGCCCCAGUCCCACUCGCCCCCCUCUGCUUAUCGUGACGACUGCCUGCGGAUGACGCGCCAGGAUGUCAGCCCCUUCGGACCCCACCCUCGCCUCCUGGUGAGCAGCCUGUCCCGUGCACUCGGGGCGGGCCGAGCACUGAGCCGACUGCUGAGACUGGCCGGAGAGGUUGUGAAUGCAACUGAGAAGGCAACGUUAUCCAGAGAGUGUGGACGUGGCCUAGUGAGGAUGCAGUACUGCUCCCACUGCAGAGGGCUGACGCUGAUACGGCCCUGUACCGGACUGUGUGUCAACAUUAUGAGAGGAUGCCUGAUGGGUGUGUCGGAGCUGGGCGCCCCUUGGGGGAGUUUGGUGGUGUUGCUCCAGCGGUUAGCUGCCACUUUAGCAACCAGCAGCAACCAAAACAGCAUGGAGCUCGCUCUGUUAGCGGUCCGAAAUCAUGUGAAUGACGCCAUACUGCACGCUCAGCUGCACGGACCACGCAUUACAGCCACGGUAGAGAAGGUGUGUGGACCCCAUGCAGCUGGUCCCAUAAUGCCAAGUGCAAAUCCCACCACCUCACAUGUUACAGCCUCUGUGAGCCCGGCUACAUCACUCACCUCAGAGAGGUCACCUGUGACAUCGCCUCCCUCAGCAGGUCCCUCCGCUCAUCAGCAUCUGCAGCAGCAACCCCGAAGGUCGUUCCUUCUUAAAGGUUCCAGAGGAGACAAAAGUCGCAGCCUGAAAAAACUGUCAAGGGAGUUUGAGGGCUCUAUCCAGCGGUACCAGUGGUUUUUCUCAGAGCUACCAGAGAUGCUUUGUGAGAGUGAGAUGGAGAUUGAACAGCACACAUGCUGGAGUGGCCAAGACGUCGUGGAGAGUUAUGCAGGCCGCGUGGUUGGCAGCACUUUAAAAGCCCAGAGGGAGAACCCAGAGAUGACCGUCCGUAAUACAGAUCCUGUCCUGAAGGGGGCGAAACUGAGGCUGGAAAAGCUAACACAGGAGCUGUUGGUGGAGCUCGGCUGGGCCAAGAAAACCAGAGUCGAGCCGGAGGAAGAGGAGGGAGGGAGCGCACAGACAGAGAGAGGCAGCGGGGACGACUGUGAUGAUGAAGACGGCUGUGAAGCAUCUGGUGAUGAGAACGGCGAUGAGACAGGUGAUGUAUCCAGCGGUCGCAGUCCAGCCACGAAGGACAUGGCUCCGCCCCCUCCCCCUCGUCGCCCUGUCCCUCCUCAUCACCUCUCACCCCCACAGGUGGCCGUUCGAGGCUCAGCCCACACGUCGUCUGUUGAACCUUUGACCCUGCUGACCCUGCUGCUCGUACUGCUGUCACCGUGGGAACCUCGCUGAUGAUGGAGAGAGAGAUAGACCCCGAGACUGACAGAGACAAAAAAAGACUGAGAGACAACCUCAUGGGUUUUUGUGGGGAAGUUGUAAGCGCAGGUCAACCACUCUGAUUGUUUUUUGCGCAGCGCGGCUCAGCUGGUGGGACGGGCUGUCGAUUCGUCGCAGGUGCAUGGCACGCAUUUUUAUGUUACCUGUACUUACCUCUACAUGCGUUUGUUUAUUUGUAUUUAACCCUUAUAGGAUAGAUUGCACAGCACUACUGACUUUUUUGAAGAGAUGUAAAUACAAAUAUAUAUAUAUUAUAUAUUUAUAUGAAGAAUUUCUAUAGAUAACAAUGGCUUGAUGUGUAAAUAGUGAUUAAUAUAGAACAGAGCAGACUGACUUGGAUGUUUAAGGAUGUUUGGUUUGGUUUGACCUUUAUGUAACGCCCACAGGGAUUAAGAUCCAUGACAGCUAAAGUUCAGGCAGGAGGCCUUCGGUGUAGCAACAGUAAAGGCACACUUGUGAGGACUCAGCACGGAGAGCUGAACACAGACGGGUGAACGGACAUUGAGACACUAUCUUGAGAGGCAACGCAACCAAUUAUGUGACACUUCAGACUAUUUGCAGAUGGUCAUGCAGCAUAAUGAACAGUCUGACAGUUCGUCCUGUAAAUCUGUUCAGACUGAAGCCAGUCCGGCACUUUUUAUUCACACAGAUAUGCUCUUUGUUCACGCAAGCUGGGUGAUUUCUGAAGCAAGUAUGCUGAGAGUUUUAACUGUGUAACACUUGCUCACAAAUUUUAUUCUUCAAAAUAGACUGAGACUGAGACUUCCGCUAGAAACUGUUUUUCCCAUUUCUAGGCAUAUAAUGCCUCUUACAGCCUCCGUUGUUGUGGGAAAAAUUAGACCAUUGUUUUUCUCAAGAUGUACAGUUUGCAAAAUUGUAAAAGCACUUCAAGGAGAGAUGUGACAGCUUCAGCUUCAAUUACACAGCAGUCCUUGACAGAAAGCCCAGUUAAACAGAAGAGUAUCCAAAGUAAUGGUAUGCACCUGAUGAUACAAGAAAAGAUUAAAGAUGAACAGCAUCCACAAGCCAGACACAACUGUCUGCCCUGAACAAUGGAUAACGUUACAUCUCAUUGUUAUACGCAAACGCUGAACUGUUUUCAAGGGCUGUCUGGUGUCUAAAUGCUUUUAUAAGAGCAGCAAUGAGAUAAUCUAUAGAACAUAAUGUUGUGUAGUUACAGUUACAGUAAUGUAGUUUUUCUUGGUCUGGUACAAGUGUUAUCAGCUUGUCUCUGUAUCCAGUUAUGACGAGAGCUGAAGUGUCAGGAGAGUGAUCAGAUUGCAGCUGAGGCCUGAUCCAAACAUGUGAAUUUAAUGUAAUUCAUAUUAAUUAGCACCAUCAAGUCCUGCCGGCUCUCUGUUGGGUCUCAAACCUCCCCGAACUGCACACAGCAGCAGAACAGACAAGUGGAAUACUGAUUAAAUAGGUUCAGAUGAACCAGCUGAAGGACACUGUGCAUUUCUGUCUGUGAACGAUGUACUGUCCUUUCAAAAACAGCGAAACCCCCACAUCAAUCCGUCUGCUUUAAACACCUGAGACAGUUUAUAAAUGUAACGUGACUGACAGAUGAGACAACCUGAGAAAUACCAUUAAGAGCUGACAUGUGUGAGUUAUCUGGGCAGUGAGCCCAAAUACCGUGUUAGCGAGCUUUAACAACAUAAUCCCUCAAACAAAUGUGCUAUUAUUUGAUUACUAUUAAAACGUUAUACCCAAAUGGGAUGAAAUUUUGGAUUCAGGCCAAGCGCACCAUCUUUCACAGUCCUUGCGAGGCGACCUACAUAAACAAACCACCGACACACCAAUGCACAUACAGAAGUGGAUAGAAGGGAUACACACUGGUGUUGUUUCUCAAUUUGGGAUAAGACCAGAGCAAUUGAAUAAUGUAAACAAUAUAUAUACAUUUCAUUUAUUGUAUAUGCUUGGAAACAAAGCAUGUAAACAUUUAGCAUUAGCAUGUAAACUGAACAUGUUAUAAAACCUAAACUAACGAGCAGUUAAAGCGCUCUUGAGUUUUAAAUUCAAAUUGAAUCUGGAAAGUGAAACUAAAAUAGCUUAUUUGGUGUUGCAAGUCAUCAUUCUGUGGAAACUCACCUUUAUCUUUGAGCUCCAAACUUGUAUCUGUGAACUGCAAGUUAAGGGUCCCAUAUUGUUCUAGUACUCUACUCACUGUUCUAUUGUUAGCACUUUUAUUUAGGAUGCACACUACAUGCUCUUCUGUUCAAACAACACAUCAUUUUUCUCAUACUGUCAAUUGCUGCAGUACCUCUAGUCACCCUCUCCUGUGCCUGUUUAAGGGCCGCCUCAAAAAACAGCCCAGUUUGUCCUGAGUGGUCAGCUUUGGCAGGCCUGAGCAGGCACCGCCCACCAUGUUUCAAAUUCAGCUCUGCCUGUGUGUUUGCGGCAGAAACAAAGCAGAGAGGAGACUGACCACCACACACAAGCAUUUUGAAUGGAAAAGUCUGCAACGCUGGAGAUGGAGGUUGCAUGACACAUAUCCUGCCCCAUCCCCCCAAACACCCAAUUGUGACCAAACCAGGAAACAUACCACCCAACUGUGACGCUGCACUGACUCCACAGUUUCAGUCGAUUUUGUGGGGGUGUAGAUGGAACUUUUAGUGGCAUGGAAGAGGAGGAUAUCACAAUAAUGCACAGGAGCACCAAGAAACAUGAGGUUAUCCAAACAAUAGACGUUAAAUAUGAGUCGACGGCGUCACUUCAUGGAACUCUGGAUUGAGCCAUGGAAGUCGCAGCAUGUAGUAGGAAUAGAAGUAUACGCUGGGGAAAAGGAUGUUUUUGACCUUAUUUCAGGGAAAACACCCAAAACAUGUUGAGCAUUUUUCAUCAGAUUUGACUGGUGAUUGGAAUUUUGAUGUCCUUGAAAAUGAAGUUAUGGCUCUCUCCCCAGCCAUUGAGAGAGGGUCUUGUUAGCCUUAACUGACUGUUAGCGGGCACUGCCAAGAUAGCGACAGAGUUGAAAGACUUGCCUCUGGACUUCGGUUGAGGGUGGUGACUGCACAGUUGUUACAUCACAGCCUCACAGAAGUUUUUUUUGAAGGCAGUUUUAUAUACUACUACUUCUAUGCUACUCUCAAUACUUGCUGUGUGCCUUCGAUACAUGGAUGGAGCAUUUUGAUACUUACACAGCAUUCGUCAAGCACCUAGCGUGCUUUAUUAUAAUAAAAAAAAAAUCAUAGAAAUCACACCUUCACAAUAUGGGACCUUUAGAUUGUUGACAAGUCUUUGUAGUGAAUGACGUGUGACUCUUGUUUGUGCAUAUUUGUAUAUCAGGCCAAGUGAUGUUAUAUAUAGAAUAGAAAUAGCUGUCUGUUGUUUCCUCUAGUGCUGUGUUAAAAAGGUUCCCGGCAUGUGUGUUGAGGCACACUGGUGUGCCACGGAGUGAGCUGUGCUGCAUCGUUGUUACAUAAAACCAUUAAAUGUAUCUUUAUAAAGGUUUAACAGCUGUUUUUGUUUAGCAGUUCUAAUGUUUUUUGUUGUAAUAUAGCAGCAUGCAGGAACACCAGGUUGCAACAACCAGUUAGCUACAGAACUCCUGUUUCGUUUCUCUCACUGCACUGAAAACCACUGUGCCACUUUAAUAAACUAAAUCAGUGAGUGUCAUGUGAAAAUAAACCCGUCUGUAAUACACCGUGUCCUGCUGCUCUGUUGAGUCACUAAUCCUCAGAUUAAUACCUUCAAUAAUAAACUGUUUUCGAAUACA